CAACGAAGGAAAACAGUCACGCAGUCACGCAAGUCACGAAAGCAGAGAGCCGCCAAGAGCCUCCAUUGGCGUGGGGACGAGCGGCAUUCCUCCUGCCUCUCUCGGCAAUUGAUAGACAUGUGCGGCAAACAGCCAACCCUAUUAAUCCUGGAGUGUUCUAUACUUCCUAUGCUAUAAUCACUAAAAGACGGCUGCCGAUUGGACGGCGCCUCGACGUGGGUACGGGGCUGGGCAAAAACAACAAGGGACCGGCUUUCCUCAGCACUACUAUGCAAAUGGCAAUUCUUUUUGAACCGUUCUGGCCGUCUCCAUCCGUCUAUACCAAACGGUGGCGUAAUUGGGCGCCAAGGUCUAGGCGCAGGCCAAAGUGCCGGGGGUUAGUCCAGAAUCCGAACUCAUGCCGAGCUGCUCUACAUAUUAAAUCGUCCACCCACCUACCCCUUUGGGUAUAUUGGGAAUGCUACGACAGUAUCUACGCUCAUGAUGCCAUUUCCCCCAAGACGAACAUCCUCGUCGAUAUGUGGUCGUGCGUAUUGGCAUCGACGGCUUCUCGAUCCGAGCUACCUUAUCGCCGUAGCCCUCACGGAUGAGUACUUAAGGGCGAGUCAGGGCGAAGUCAGCUUUGAACUUGGUCUCUCCCCCCUUCUUCUUCUGCGUCUUCAUUGCUCGGAUACAAGCCGAGAGGAUCUGUAAAUCGUAGUGUAGAAACGUGGGGAACAGACGUCAAGCAGAAUGAAGUACUCUCUGAACGCAAUCGCCCUCGCGGCGCUCUCCAGCUUCGCGGCCGGAAAGGAGUUACCGCCCGACGACAAGCUGGCGGCGGAGAUCUUCGACAGCGGUUUGCGACACGAGCACAUCAUGUCGACCAAGAUGGCGUACUGGGACAGCCGAAGAGAGCAAGGUCUUUUCGACUCUACCCGAUACAAGAGCAUGGAUGCCUCCGUUGACGUGGUCCCCUGCGUGAAUGGAAUCGCUAAGCUCCACGCCGGCGACCCGCUCUACACGUUCAAGUGCAGCAAGCUCGACCUAUACGACUUCAAGUCGCACGUGGACCUCGGCAGCAACAACGGCGAAGGUGCCGGCUCGUGGGGCUGGACCAGCCCGGACGGACGCGAGUUCGUGGCCAUCGCGCAGUCCGACGGCGCGGCGUUCGCCGAGAUCAGCCCCGAGGGAAAGCUCAUCUACCUCGGCCGGCUGCCGCAGUACCCCACCGCCCAGCCCUCGCUGUGGCGCGAGAUCAAGGGCUACAAGAGCUACAUCGUCAUCGGUAGCGAGGCCGUCAACCACGGCAUCCAGGUCUUCGACAUGUCCAAGCUGCUGGACGUCGACCCCGCCAAGCCCGUCACCUUCAACAACAAAAACGACAUCUCCCACUUCAGCGGCCUGCCCACCGGCCGCUCCCACACCGUCCAGACCAACGAGGAGGUCGGGUACGCCGUCGCCUCGGGCGCGCAGCCGCGCAACUCCGCCUGCGCGUCCGGCCUCAUCUUCAUCGACCUGUCGGACCUGUCCAACCUGACAUCCCCGGGAUGCGCGGCGGCGGACGGCUACGUGCACGAUGCGCAGUGCCUGAUCUACCGGGGGCCGGACGAGAAGUACGUGGGGGAGGACAUUUGCUACGGGUACAACGAGGACACGCUGACGAUCUACAACGUGACGAACAAGGCGCGGCCGUCGAUCAUCUCACGGACGUCGUACGAGGGCGCGAGCUACACGCACCAGGGGUGGGUGCUGGACACGCAGUGGCAGCAGUACCUGGUGCUGGACGACGAGUACGACGAGUACGACGGGGCGGGGCUGGGCGCGGCGGGGUACCCGAUCACGUACAUCUGGGACAUCUCGUCGCUGGAGGCGCCACGGCAGACGGGGUACUACCAGGCGUCGCGCAAGGGCAUCGACCACAACCAGUUCGUGCACGGGGACUACGUGUACCAGAGCAACUACGGCGGCGGCCUGCACAUCCUCGACAUCUCCUCCAUCCCGUCCGACCCCACCGGCAAGAGCGUCUCCGAGGUCGCCUACUUCGACAUCUACCCCGAGGACGACGACGUCGAGGGCGGCGGCCAGAUCGAGUUCCAGGGCACCUGGUCUCACUACCCGUACUUCAAGAGCGGUUACAUCCUGAUCAACACCAUCGAGCGUGGUGCCUACGUCGUUAAGCUAUCUUCGUAAGGAGACAGAUCCUUAGAAUAGCUCUCAUCUCAUCCCAUCUUAUUUGUGAUGAAGUUAAAAGAGUACUCGGGAAAACUGAGAUAUAGUAGCUGAAUAGACAUGAAUUGAUGAAAUACCUCUCA